AUGGCUGAGAUAUUUUCUUGUUUCCUCUCGCGUCCCCACAGUAAAGGAACUGUCCGGAAUCUCUGCGUGCCAAACUUUCCAGAGCCCUCCGACUUCUACUGGAAGUACUUUGACCUGCUCACGUUCGUGCUGCUCUUCCUCCUCCCCCUCAUCGUCAUCACCGCGGCCUACGCCGCGGUGGCCCGGCGCCUGUGGUGGCGCUGCAACAUCGGCGACGUGACGAUGGAGCAGUACGUGGCCCAGCGGAAGAGGAGGAAACAGACCCUGAAGAUGCUGAUGCUCGUGGUGGUGGUGUUCACCGUCUGCUGGUUCCCGCUGAACUGCUACGUGGUGCUGCUGUCCAGCCAGGCCAUCCGGGGCUCCAACGCCCUUUACUUCGCCUUCCACUGGCUGGCCAUGAGCAGCACAAGCUACAACCCCUUCAUCUACUGCUGGCUCAACAACAGCUUCCGAGCCGAGCUCCAGCGGCUGGUCGCGGUGUGCUGUGGCCGGAGGGGGGGCGGCGGCCCGCCUCCUGCCCGGAGGCCGACCCAGGACCAGCGGCGCUCCGUCUGGCCUGACACCAGCAUCCGCUUGUGCCUCGUCCGCCACGCCGACCAGCCGCGAGAGCCCCAGCAGCCUCCGUCGUUCCUGCAGCCCUCCCUCCUGCCCCUCCCCCGGCCUGCCAGAACUGAUCUCCACUCCGUGGAACCCAUAGUGGAGGUUGGCUGAGCUGUCUGUCCCAGCC